AUGCAGAACCUCGUUGUAUUGCGCCUUAUAUCUCUUCUCUUGGCUAGUCUUGUCCAUGCUGUAACUUUUCAGCCUUUGUCUGAACAGCCUGGACUGAUUGAUAAUGGAACGUUUGGACCUGAGGUUGAAGUAGUGCAUCUCUUCUUCAAUGAGCCCCCUAUUGGACUCGCAGUCGGUCCAACGGGACGUGCAUUCGUCACCCACGGAAGAGGUAAUCUCACUCAAAGCCCUAUCACGUUCGGCGAAAUCGUCAACGCAAGCGUUGAAGUCCCAUUCCCCAACGCCGAAUUCAACAUACCACCGGAUGGACUCACGAACUCUUCAUCAGGACGACUCCUUUCCUCGAGCGACUCCACCCACUUCAUCAAUGCGCAGGCUGCAGUGCAUGACGCGAAAGGCCGUCUCUGGGUACUUGAUUCUGGUCGACCGAGCCCGGGCGGUGAUAUUACUCUGGGCGUUCCAGGCGGACCGAAGUUGAUGGGUUUCGACGUGGCGAAUAAUGCUACAACACCGUUCACCACCAUCACUUUCACUGAGGACGUGUUGCCAUCUCUGGGUUACUUAAAUGACCUCCGAAUCGACUUGACUACGAGCCUCACCAAGUCUGGGAAAGGGGUUGUGUAUCUCGCCGACAGCGGCGCUGCAGCGAUUAUCGUUGUCGAUCUGGGUACUGGUAAAUCCUGGAGGCAUUUGAGUGGCCUUCACAGCACCUCGCCCAAUCCCACACAGCUCCCGACGUUAUUUGGAGUUCCGACGUAUAUUGCUUCGCCAAAGAAUCCGGCGUAUCAUUACGAGACUGUGGCAGGUGGUGGAAUCGAUGGAUUUGCAAUCUCCGCCGACGGUCAAUUCAUCUACUACACUCCGUUUGCGAGUAGAGACCUCUACCGCGUCCCCACUGCUGCUCUGCUCCUCAACCCUGCGGACGACAAUCUUGCGUUCUUGAAAAGCGCAGACAGCGUACAGCACUUGGGUCAGAUUGGUGGUCAGGCAAAUGGUUUGGAGACUGAUACAACUGGGAAGAUUUACGUCUCUUCGCCAGAACACAACUCCAUCAAUAUGUUUGAUCCAGAAACCGGUAUGAUCUCGCCGUUUGUGAGAUCGCCUAUCUUGGCAUGGCCGGACACUCUGACUGUGGCGAACGACGGAUUCAUCUACGCCACACUCAAUCAACUCUGGUUGAGCCCUGGGUUCCAGAACGGCACGGAUAAAAGAGUGAAGCCAUUCACGCUUGUGAGGGUGCCAAUCGAGGGCAAGCCUGUUCUGCUGGGAUAAGUUGCGAUACUUUCGUAGUCCCGGGGUGUUGUAUGGACUCGGAGCCUUCGACUGCCAGACUUGAUGAAGCGGUUCUAAACGUCGUAAA